UAAAUUAAACAACAAAAAAAAAUUGUGAGGCGCAUAAAAGACAUUGAAAUUAUUUUGUGAACGGCUUAAUUUGCCUGUACAAUGGCUGAAGCCCACUCAGCGGUGGCAUUUUCCUUCGCCAUCACCCACGAAGGCUUCGACAUCAACUAUGACCAGGAGGUACUCAAUCUCGUCUGGAAUUCAGGUGUGCGUUCGUGGAAGAAACGCAUAGCACGCGCACGGAACGGUAUACGUAACGGUGUCUAUCCGGCACACAUACAAAGUUUAUGGCUCAUUACGGCCAUUGCCAUGGGUUUGCAUUUCUCUGGUUUUGCAGUGCCAUUCGAUCUCGUACAUCGCAUUUUGGUGCAUCUACCAGCCAAUACAGUUAAUUGGCAAGUGACGGCGUGCUUUGGAGCAGCGCUAAUUAUUUGGCUCUCCAUAUGUUUCACAAUGCGUUACACGCUCAAAUUGCUGCUAAUGUACAAAGGUUGGAUGUAUGAGUCGCGAGCGCCGGGCAGUAAGGUGUCGUUGAAAACCAAAGUGUGGGCGGGAGUCGUUAAAGUACUCUCCAGUUGGAAUACACCUGGCCUCUACAGCUUUCAAGGUUCGCUGCCAAGACUACCGGUGCCGGCGUUGCACGACACAAUGCAACGGUAUUUACGUUCUGUACGCCCAUUACUGGAUGAUGAAAAUUACUCGCGCAUGGAGGGUUUGGCUAAGGAAUUCGAGAGCACAAUUGGCAAGAAAUUACAAUGGUAUCUAACAUUGAAAAGUUGGUGGGCCACCAAUUACGUUUCCGAUUGGUGGGAGGAAUAUGUUUAUCUGCGCGGACGUAGCCCUUUGAUUAUCAACAGCAACUUCUAUGGCACUGAUGCGAUCUUCAUGAAUUUGACUAAUAAUCAAGCAGCGCGCGCCGCUAAUGUUGUGUAUUUGUUGUUGGGAUUCAGACGUUUGAUCGAACGCCAAGAAUUGCAGCCGAUAAUGGUGCAAAGCAUGAUACCACUUUGCUCGUGGCAAUACGAGCGCACUUUCAAUACGGUGCGCGUACCUGGUUUGGAAACUGACCGCAUCGUUCAUUAUCGCGACUCCAAUCACAUUGUUGUGCUGCAUAAAGGACGUUACUUUAAGGUGGUCAUCUAUUACAAAGGUCGUAUUUUGCGUCCAUGUGAGAUACAAAUACAAAUGGAAGAAAUCUUGAACUCCAAAGCCACGCCUUUGCCCAGUGAGGAGCACUUGGCGGCGUUGACCACAAUGAAUCGUUCAAAAUGGGCUGAGAUACGGAAUGCACAUUUUGCCCGUGGUGUAAAUCGCGUUUCACUUAAUCUCGUCGAGUCGGCCGCCUUUGUAUUGUCAUUGGAUGAUGAACCCUAUGAAUUUGAUUUGGCACGUCCUGAAUUAUUGGAUAAAUUUGGCAAAACAUUAUUACACGGCAACGGUUACAAUCGUUGGUUCGACAAAAGCUUUACGGUCUGCAUUGGUACCAACGGACGCGUGGGCUUUAAUGCCGAACAUACUUGGGCCGAUGCUGCUGUAAUGGCUCACGUUUGGGAGAAUCUUGUUAUGGACGAUGCGACCACCAACGGGGCUGAUGCACCGGUUAUGGGUCAUCUUUGGGAAUAUAUUUUCGGUGAUGAUAUUUAUGGAUAUGAUGAGGCUGGCAACACAAAGGGUAUACCCGAAUUUCAGCCACCGUCACCCACACGUUUGAGUUGGGAUCUCACGGCUUUGCAACCACAAAUUGAAGAGGCGACACUGGACGCUACCAAGCUUAUAAAUGAUGUGGACUUACGCAUUCUUGUACAUAACGAGUAUGGAAAAGGUUUCAUGAAAAAGUGUCGAUUAUCUCCCGAUGCAUAUAUACAAAUGGCCUUACAGUUAGCUUACUACCGAGACGCUGGUCGAUUCUCAUUAACAUACGAAGCAUCUAUGACACGUCUGUUCCGUGAGGGUCGUACAGAAACCGUGCGUCCAUGUACAAUUGAAUCGGCAGCGUGGGUGAAAGCAAUGGGAGACAGUAAUACAACGAGCGAAGAGCGCGUAAAACUUUUACAGAAGGCUUGUGAUCGUCAUCAGUUGGCCUAUCAAGAUGCCAUGUGUGGGCGCGGUAUUGAUCGGCAUCUGUUUUGUCUUUACGUAGUUUCUAAAUACUUAGAAGUUGACUCGCCCUUCCUCAAUGAGGUAUUGAGCGAGCCGUGGCGCUUGUCUACCAGUCAAACACCGCACGGACAAACGCCAAAAAUGGAUUUGAAGAAACAUCCAAACUGUAUAAGCUCAGGUGGCGGUUUCGGACCGGUCGCUGACGACGGCUACGGUGUAUCGUAUAUUAUAGCGGGCGAAAACUUAAUAUUCUUCCACAUAUCAGCUAAAUUAAACUGCAAACAGACGGAUGUUCAUCGCUUUGGUGAUAAUAUCUGUAAAGCAUUGGCCGACAUACGUGCAAUGUUCGAGGAACAUUUUAAAAAGCAAGGAGAAUCUAAUGCCAAGAACGGGACUGCCUCAACAAAGCCAAAUAUGGCGAAUUUAGUAAAAUAAAUUUAACUGCAUAUGUACGUACAUACAUGCAUACUGAAAUUAUUGUUAGAACUUUUAGAACUUAGUUUUAAGUGUUAAAAUAUGAUAGUUGAUUUUUAUCAUAAUUAUAUUUUUUAUAUACCGUAAGUCAAAGCAAUGAAGUCAAAUUAUUGAUUUUCUCAAAAAGUUAGCAAUUUUAAGACGUUAUUUUUUAAAUUUAUUUAAGAAAUUUAAUAAAA